AGGCCCUGAGCAGGCGGCGCGGAGGCCUCUGGGAAGCCGGAAGUGAAGGUGGCUCCUCCCCCUCCUCCUCCUCCACUUCCAGAGAUCUUUCCGCUUUGACUCCUUUACGGGCCCUAGAACUCCCUCCGCGCCGCGCAUGGAGCCUCGGGAGCCUGGAGUGCCCGGGAUGGCCCUGCAGACGGACAGACUCCCAGCCCAGGAGGUGGUGACAUUCCGGGAUGUGGCUGUGGACUUCACGCAGGAGGAGUGGAGUCUCUUGUCCCCUCCCCAGAAGGAGCUGUACAAGGAUGUGAUGUUGGAGAAUGUCCGGAACUUGCUCUCUGUGGUAGAGACAAGAUCAGAAAUGAAGGUGAAUCCAACAGAAGUGAGCCUUCUUUUGGAAGAAAUGGACCUACAAAGAUUCAAGAGUGAUGGUCUUGAUAAAUUUGCUUCUGGGCAAUUCUGUGUUGCACCUCCAAAUUCAUCUGAUAAUAAACAUCAAAGAAUGUACACUGAGGAAACAUCUAUUGAAAGUAAUAUGUGCAGGGAUACUUUUAUGCAGAGGGCCAGUCUCUUUGGACAUCAGAGGAUGCACACUGGGGAGAAACCUUAUGAGUGCAAACAAUGUGGAAGGACUUUCAGUCAUCGCUCUGUUCUUGUUGUACAUCAGAGAAUACACACUGGGGAGAAACCUUAUGAGUGCAAACAAUGUGGACGGACAUUCAGUCAUCGCUCUGCUCUUGCUGUACAUCAGAGAAUACACACUGGGGAAAAACGUUAUAAAUGUAAGCAAUGUGGAAAGACAUUCACUCGGAACUCUGGUCUUGCUGUACAUCAGAGAAUACACACUGGGGAGAAACCUUAUGAGUGCAAGCAAUGUGGAAAGACAUUCAGUUAUCGCUCUGCUCUUGCUGUACAUCAGAGAAUACACACUGGGGAAAAACAUUAUGAAUGCAAGCAAUGUGGAAAGACAUUUACUCGGAGCUCUGGUCUUGCUUAUCAUCAGAAGCUGCACACUGGGGAGAAACCUUAUGAGUGCAAGCAAUGUGGAAAAACAUUUAGUCAUGCCUCCAUUCUUUCUGUACAUGAGAGAAUGCACAGAGGGGAAAAACCCUAUGAGUGUAAGCAUUGUAGAAAGACGUUCAGUUAUAGCUCUGCUCUUGCUGUACAUCAGAGAAUACACACUGGGGAGAAACCUUACGAAUGCAAGCAAUGUGGAAAGACAUUCACACAGAACUCUACUCUUGCUCAUCAUCAGAGGGUGCACACUGGGGAGAAACCUUAUGAAUGCAAACAAUGUGGAAAGGCAUUCAGUCAUACCUCCAGUCUUUCUGUACAUCAGAGGGUGCACACUGGGGAGAAACCUUAUGAGUGCAAGCAAUGUGGAAAGACAUUCAGUCGUUACUCCAGUCUUUCUGUACAUCAGAUGGUGCACACUGGGGAGAAACCUUAUGAGUGCAAGCAAUGUGGAAAGACAUUCAGUCAUUCCUCCAUUCUUUCUGUACAUCAGAGGAUGCACACUGGGGAAAAACCUUAUGAGUGCAAACAAUGUGGAAGGACAUUCAGUCAUGGCUCUGGUCUUGUUGUACAUCAGAGAAUACACACUGGGGAGAAACCUUAUGAGUGUAAGCAAUGUGGAAGGACAUUCAGUCAUACUUCCAUUCUUUCUUUACAUCAGAGGGUGCACACUGGGGAGAAACCUUAUGAAUGCAAGCAAUGUGGAAAGACAUUCAGUCGUUCCUCCAGUCUUUCUGUACAUCAGAGGGUGCACACUGGGGAGAAACCUUAUGAAUGCAAGCAAUGUGGAAAGACAUUCAGUCAUACCUCCGUUCUUUCUGUACAUCAGAGGGUGCACACUGGGGAGAAACCAUAUGAAUGCAAGCAAUGUGGAAAGACAUUCAGUCAUGCCUCCAGUCUUUCUGUACAUCGGAGGAUGCACACUGGGGAGAAACCAUAUGAAUGCAAGCAAUGUGGAAAGAAAUUUAGUCAUGCCUCCAGUCUUUCUGUACAUCAGAGGAUACACACUGGUGAGAAACCUUAUGAAUGCAAGCAAUGUGGUAAAACUUUCACUCAGAGAUCAGGUCUUGUUCAUCAUUAUAGUGUACACACUGAGGAGCAACCUUAUUAAUUCAACAAGCGUGGAAAUACAUUCAGUCAGACCUAUUUCUAUUGUGUGAAAGCAUUUUACCCUCCCCAUUUCCAGGGCAAUAUAUCUAGUUUGAGCCUAAACUUGAAGCAGGCGAGCAUUGUGUGAUGGAAAUCAGAGUUAGGAUAGAGUGGCAGCAAUAGAGCAGUCACGAGAUGAUUGCAGAAUGACAUCCCCUUCAUCGCUUCCACUGGACUGUCCUCCUGGGUGGUUGAAUCAAAGUAGAAAGCCAUGAUUAACUCCUGAGGUGAGAUUUGUGGGUUAGUGGUCAGAGAAAUUGGUCAGUUGAGGCAAGAGCAGAUAUCCAAACACUUUUCUUUCAGUUUUGUUGUUGACUAAACUUUCCUUUGAGCAUGGCUAGACCACCUUAAUGGUGGCCACAGAAUAACAAGCUAAAUAGAGUAAUGAGGAAAGUAUAUCCUUCCUAUUUUUCCAUUCCCUCUACUACCUUAGAUUAAUUAAGGUGAGUUUAGUGCCAGUCUCAUAAUUUUUCCUCUUAUACUAUACACCACAGAAACCAGGCAUUUAAUACAUUGAGCUCUCAACUUGCUAAGAAUCAGACAAUUUACUCUCUUUUGUCAUAUACACUCCUAAUAUUAAUGCUAAGAUUAAAAAUAUUAAAAUAUGUAAAAACAAAAUAAAUUAAGAGAACUGUAAAGUAUAUAAAAAUGUGUUCACAAAAAAUUAAUGUCUCAAUUGCAAAUUAGUUUUUCUGGUAGUUUAUUUACAAAAGGAGAGAGAAUAAAAGUAGAGAAAUGAGAAAGAGCAGUGUAAGAAAUCGACUUUAACAAGGUAGAUUAUUUGCUGCAGCCCUGGUUUUACUCCAGUUGUUUCUUCCUGUGCAUUCCUUCCACUUUAUGUGGUCCAGUUGUAGCUUUAACUUUGCUUAGGACUUCUCAGAAGACAGCCAGUCAUUUCUGAUUCAUCACCCACUUUAGCACAUGUGGGUCAUAGAUUUCCCCCACUUAAAGAUUAAAAGGGGUGUAUGCACUUAUAUGAUUAAAACUAAAAAUAAUCAGGGGAUAGCUAAUCUCAUUUUUCCCAAUUUUCCCUGUCAACAUUUGGAAGACAAGUCUCCCUAAUUAACAUAAUCAGCUUUUACUGCUAAAAAUCUUCUAACUACCAGUGCAAUUAAUAUUGAGCCUUCUAAAAGGAAACUAAAAUAGAGAUAAGAGGAAAAAUAGUAAAACUAGUGUUUUUUAGGCUCAUUGACAAAAAGUCAAUAGGGGAAAUCCUUUUUGGUAUAAGAGUAUAUGUUGAGAAAUGUGUUCAACAUCCUUCAGUUCAAUCAAUUAUAUCCCAAAGUUCAUUCUUGGUCUUUUUGAUGCAGUGAAUGUCUCUAGUCAUCUUUCUCCAAACAGUUCAUUUUCUGGAAUCAAGGACUUAUCACGGUUCUUUCCUUGAAAUUUUUCUCAAAUAAUUUUAAAUUGUGGGUUUUAUGAAAAACACAAUCUCGCUGAGGAGUGUGUUGACCAAUACCAGGAUCAAUUCAGGAUACAUGGUUCAGUUAUGGGGUUUUAUGAGUCAUUUUAUCAAAAGAAAAAGCAAAAACAUGAAAAGAAAAACAAAUAGAAAAAAUUUUUGGAGAAAGAGAAUUCAAAAUAGAAAUCAAAAUAUAAAGUUCUAUGUAUAUCAAAAUGUGUUAGUAUGUAAUGAAUUCACAAUAGAACCUUGUAUUAUGGUCCAAUUAAAGUAAUUUUGGUCCUACAAGUCUGUAUCACAAAAUGCAGUAAUAUUGCACUUGACCAUUAGCAGCCAGGAGUACAAAGUUUCCAUAUUAAGAGAUUACAAAGGACUAGAUUUCAGCAGCAAAUGGGAAAUAGCAUUCCCUGCCUUCAUUUCCCUUUUUAUCACAAGGAUAGGGGAGCCAGGAAUUGCCACCAAAGUGAGGUGCUUGGUAGAAUGUGGCACAGGGGGAAAGUUGUAUCUGAUGUAUAUCUAAAUCUUGAACCCCAAAGAAGUUCAAGUUCUCUUGGCAAAGAAUCUCAUCAAUCCCACUGUGAUUGUUUGGUCUCCUUGACUUUGUACUUCUUGAUACUGUAUAAUGCCCCUUUUUUUUACCUUCUCCUGGUAUUAGGCAUACUCAUCAAUCAUAGUCCAAUAAUAUUUAUCAUUAAAUGGCAGGUUAUCAUAGUCUAAGUCUCUUGGGUAUGCAUUAGUAGUAGGACAGAUAUAGUUUAGGUUUUUUAAACUGUAAAAUCAGAAAAAAGAUUAAUAUAGAUUAUAUGUAUUUUAAGUAAAAGAAAUAAGAAAAAUCCAAAUAUUUUAUUAAAAGAAAAAGCAAUAAUAAAAUAAAAUUUCAGCAACUCAUUGUAUUCCCAAAAGCAGUCUCCAUUUGCCCAUGUAUUUUUAUCUCCAAUGCUUUUUUUCAGAAUAUAAUCAAUCUGUUUCAAUAGAAGGUACACUCUUUAAGUGAGAGCAAUGAAUCCAAGAUUCUUUUUCUCUGAUUUUUAUAGCUGUUGGGAGUGGUUAACAAUAUUUGAAAUGGACCUUCCUGUGUACUGGAAAUUCUUUAUGUAUAACUUGCCUCCUAUUCCAGUCUUGAAGUGGAGUCUAUUUUUCCUCCUUAUACUGGAGCUACGGAUUGAUGGAGCUCUCACAGUUUGUUCUGCAAUUCCUUUAUAUCGGAAGUAGAAGUAUCUCCCCCUAAUAGUGAUGCAUAUGCAGGACUAAAAAGCCUAAAAGACUUGGCCUGUAUAGAGGGUAUCCAAAAUGCAUCUCAAAUGGUGGGGUGUAGAUCUCCCCUGGGCCUGCUUCAAAAACAAAAUAGGUCUAGAGGGAGAAUUUCAGGCUUUUUAAAAUGUCUCGGUGCAUAAUUUUCCAAUCAUACUUUUAAGCUCUUUGUUCAUUCAACGUGGCCUGAGCUCUGGGGAUGAUAUGGUACAUGGAAUUUGGGAGUUAUCCCUAGACAAGAAUAUUCCUGGGAUCAAACUGAAUCACUGAAAUGACUCCCCAUGUCUGAAUCAAUAUGUGCAGGCAGGCCAAAUUGAGGAAUAAUCUCUUCAGAGCACCUUGGCAACAAAAGCCAUGGUGGCUCAGGCAGUAGGAAAUACUUCCAGCCAUCCGACCAUUUGAUCCACCAUAACUAGACAAAAUGUAUACUGUCUGGCCUUAGGCAAAGUGAUAAAAAUCAAUUUGCAGGUGCUUAAAAGUCAUGUAAACCAGAGGAUGCUGUUAAAAUUAUUAGUGGUUGAACUCUGGAUAUAUUAAUCAUGUGGUUGCCAAGGAUUUAAUUUCUAAAUCCCAAAAUUAAUUUCUAAAAUAAAUGGAAUUUAUGGCAGUUUAUUCACAAUAUUUACAGUAGAAGGAAGAUGUUAAGGCAUGAGAGAGAAAGAGAAAACUGGCUUCUUCUGAUACCAAUUAGAAUUUCUAAGCCUCACCCAGGGGAAGAGAGUCUCAAGAAGAUGGGCCUUACCUGGAGGCUUCACACCUGAAAAGCGAGGUCACUAAGUCAGCUUUUUACUCACCAAUGGUAACAGUCUAAAAGAGGUUUGGGUGUUGGUCUUCUUGUCAUUCUCCAUCCUUCACUUCAAGCUGGGGUGACUGUCUUCUUCAGUCUUUUUUUUCCCUCUAUUUAAAGACCUUUCUCUCUUGUGUCACCUCCUCUAACUUUUCACAUCUAUCAAUCACAGCAGAGGCUUUUCUCCAGGACUGAUAACUCUUUAGUUCUUACCUUUGUUGGUUAUAUUUUAUCUAUGAGUUACUUAAAUCCUCUUUUGUCAAGUUCAUCUUUUGUACUUACUUAACACCUUUUUGUAGUUAAAAUCUAAAAGUAGAUUGUAGCUUACAAUUUUAUCUUCACAAUAAAGAAAGAGCUAAGUACCUUCAUUGUUAUAAUCAGGAUAUAGCUAAUCCAAUCUUCACAAUGCCCACCAAAAGUUUUCCCAAGAAUGCUGUGUUGACUAGGUUUGGCAGGUGGGGCAGACUAUAUAUACUUGAGGAACUAUAGUAAUUAUACCAGAGGAUAUCCAUAAUCUCUUAACAGAUUGUACAUUGCCCUGGAUACAGAUGUGACUGAUUUUAUGCAUGGAUUGGCAGAUUUGUUAAUAAAAAUUUCUAGGGAGCAGGAAUUUUCCUUUAGAUAACACACAUACUCCAUUAGUCAGUUUUGUUUUAAAAUUUUGUUUCUAUUCACUUCCUUUUCAUUUUAGGAAAGGGAUAAAUCUAAUUCGUUACUUGUUGCCAAAGUUAAAAUUAAUUGAGGUCCUUCUAAGGCGGUUAGUUUUGCAGCAGUAUCUACCUGGUGGUUCCCUCUAUAUACAGGGUCAGUUCCAAUUGUACGGGCAGAGCAAUGACCUAUGAAUAGGACUUUGGGUUGCUGGAGAGCAGAAAGAACUUCAUUAAUUAUUUCUUUAUUUACUAUUUAUUUUCCAGCUGAGGUUAAAAAUCUUCUCUGAAGCCAUAACAUACCCACUGCAUGACAAAUUCCAAAUGGGUACCCAGAAUCUACAUAGAUUAUUGCCCUUUUUUUUUUUGGUAAUUUUACAGGCAUGUUUUAGGGCUGUAAGUUCUGCACCUUGAGCACUUAUAUUUAAGGGCAAUGAAGCUGACCAUACAGUGGGAAAUUCUGUCACUGCUGCAGUUCCAGUGUAUACCAUCCCUCAUGGAAGAAUAACCAUCAGUGAAUAAGGCUAGAUCUGGGUUGUCGAAAGGAGUGUCCAAGAGAUUAUCUUGAAGCUUUUCAGCCAUAGACGCUACAGAUUCACAACUAUGCAAUGGUUCUCUUGAAACUGGUAAAUCAGGAAGCAAGGUGGCAGGAUUAAGUGUUGUAUAGUGUUUUAAAGUGAUAUUCUAGUUGCCCAUCAAGGUACCUCCAUAUCUUGUGAGUCUUUGAUCUGAAAAUGCUUCUGUUCUAUGCCUUAGUAACAGUCCUUCUUUAUGUCGGCACAUUUUUAAUGGACAUCCCAAUAUUCAGUCAGCCUCUUUAGUUACUAAAAAAGCUGUGUCAGCUAUACCUCUAAGGCAGGUGGUGCUCCUGAAGCUAUUGGGUCCAGCUGGGCCAAAUAAUAAACAACUGGACCCUGAACUGGUCCCAAAGAGAGUUAAAAUACUUGAAGGCACCCCUCUCUGCUCAUACACAAAGUAAAUGUUUUUGUUUUUAACAAUCUGGGAUGCCUAGAGCAGGGGCAGACAGGAUAGCCUGUUUUAUAUUGCAUGGACUUGACAGGUGUUCUGGCUUUAAUCCAAGUGCUUCAGGCUGAAUCUUUUGUUAAUGCUAUAAGGGGUUUGGUGAUUUCCCCAUAGCAGGGAAUCCGUGUCUACAAAAACCUGUCACCCCUAAGAUUUUUCUUAACUGUUUCUUAGUGGUGGGAGCACUCAAUUUUUGAAUAUUUUCAAUGUGCUUACGAGAAAUAAAGCACACCAGCAGUUAAAAUGAACCCUAAAGAUUCGACUUUGGAGAGAUAAUAGUGAACCUUUGCCUUUCAGAGUUUGUGGCCUCUUUUCAUAAUUCUAAAAGAAAAUAUUAUUGUCUUGAUAUGCUGAGGUAUUUGGUGAGGUCAAGAGCAAAUCAUCCACUUAUUUAAUUAACUGAAUAUUUUGAAAUUUUAUAUUAUCUGUUGGCUCAAAAGUUGUGCACACAGCAUAGGGAUUUCCACAUACUCUUGUGCCAAAUGACACCAGGUCCCCUGAGAAUCUUUCCAUGUAAAGGCAAAUAUAUUCUUGGAAGCCCCAUAUAUACGUAUCAAAAGAAAAAAUAGCUGAGCACAAGUUCAUUACAGUAAAGUAAGUAGCUGUACUGGGAAUACAGGAAAUUAUUGUGUUUGGGUUUGAAACCACAGGAUGUCUUGAAUUUGCCAUGAUUAUUUAUAGUCUUUAAUUCUUGGAUGAAUCUACACAUGACUUUUCAAUCUGGACCUUUAUUUGUUUUUGUUUUUGUUUUUUAUGAGUAAAGUGGGUGUAUUAUCCAAUUUUCAUGGAAGUAUUCCUUGCUCAAUUAAUGAAUUUAUUACUGGGGUUAUUCCCUCAAUUGCCUCUUUUGAUUGAGGGUACUGUGGCAUGGAAGAAGCUGGCUCACCUCUUUUCUUAAUUUGAACAAGAGCAGCUGCUUUAAGUCGGCCUACAUUGGAAGAAAUGUGGCCCAAAGAGACUUAGGUAUAUCAGCUGGUAUUUCCAAUAUGGGAGCCUCUCUUACCCCCUGUCUCUCUGAGAGGAGUACAGGGAGCAAAUUUAAAGAUUACUCGGGUAAUUCUAAUGACAUAGAUCCAUCUGGGGUGCAAGUUAUUCUGGCUUUAUGUUUAUGUAAUAGAUCUCUUCCCAGCAGAUUUGUGGGGGAUCCAUACAUUAAUGGACAAGAAUAUUCUAAAGAUAAGGGUCCCGUGGGUAACAUUCGAGGAAAAAAUCUGGGGCCCUUUUGAAGUGUUUCUGAUAUACCUACUACAUGUAGAGAGCUAAUAUAGUUUCGUUUUGCAUCUGGUUUAGUCUCUAGGAAUAUUCUAAAUGCCCCAGUAUCUAAAAGGCAAUCAUAGUGCUAGUUUUCCACUUUUAGGGUUACAUGGGGUUUAUUACUGUUUGUUUGGGAAUGUAUUGGAAUAAUUAGCAUUAAAAUAUCAGAAUCUGGAAAAUCAAAGGUUUCACUUUUUGAUUCCAAGACCCUUUUUUCCUCUUCACCCCUUCAUAAAGAUUCUUGGGCAUUUCUCUGGGAUCCUCCACAGUGAGGGGGAUUUUUUCACCCUGAGUAUAGUGUGAACGAGCUCCACUUUUUACUAUUGGUGUUGGGUAUUUUGUCCUGUGUUCUCAUUUUCCUCCUCUGGAUGACUAUUUCUGUAGUUAUUAUGAUUAUUGUUAUGUCUGAUAUUUCUCGGAUUACCAUUAUUCUUAAAAUUCAUAUUAUUUGUUAUCUGAUUCCAGUUUCUACAGACCAUCAUUAAGUGACUUUUUUUAGUGUCUUUCUGCCCCCCAGUUCUGAGUGACUGUCUUUUCUCCAAGUCCAAGUGACUGUCUUCCAGUCCAGCUCUGAAUGACUCUUCCUCAGUGUCUCUGUGUGUCUCUCCACUCUUUAAUCACCUUUUUCUCUUGUGUCACCUCCCCUUAAUUUUAGGUCUACCAAUCAAUCCCGCUGAUUCACACCAGGACUGCCCACUCUUUCACACGUGGGUCACAGACCUCCCACUCAAUGUAUGAAAUGGGUAUUCACACCUUCUUGUGGUUAGUUCACACCUUCUUGUGGUUAGUUCACACCGUUUGUGGUUGAAAUGGGUAGAUCUACACUUUGAGCAUUAAAAUCUAAAAAUCGACAGGGCAUUACAAUUUAAUCUUCGAAAUGAGGGAGGAGCCAAGUACCUUCAUUGUUACAAUUAGGGGAGAGCUAAAUCCAGUCUUUGCACCACACAUUCACAUCUCAAAAGCCUCAGGGCGCCAUCCCCAAUUUUACCAUUGAGCCAAAUGUUCCCUUCACACAUCUCCUGUACCAGCUCACUAUCCCUCCCCCCAGCUCUUAGUUAGAGGCCUGAUGAUACGACCUCCAUCCCAGGCCACUGUGAAUUCAUAAUUUCAGAAAUGGGGAUGGGCCUGCCUCAUUCUUUGGGUACUCAGUGGGGAAGAUCAGGAUUGGUAUUCAGAAGGUAGCAGCAACCAUUUUGAUAAGACCCAGAGACAAGUAGGGGAAAGGGUGAAACUUCUUUACUUAUUUUGUCAGAUAAUUUGUAUAGUAUUGGGAUUGGUUGUUCUUUAAACACUUGAUAGAAUUCCCUUGUGAAUCCAUCUGGCCCUGGGGGUAUUUUCUUAGCAAAGGAGUUUUACUAAGUUCCUUUCAUGAUACCCAUAUGGUAAUGAUUCCAAAGGCAGCAGACCAAGAACCAAGAAAGAAGACUACAGACCAAUCUCCAUGAAUAUAGAUGCAAAAAUCUGAAAUAGAAUACCAUUAAAAAGAAGCCCGCAAGCGACCACAAGCAUCAUUCACUCUGAUCCCAUGGGCUUCAUAUCAGGAAUGCAGGGAUGGUUUAAUAUUAGGAAAACCAUCCACAUAAUUGACCGUAUCAAUAAUCAAACCAACAGAAAUCACAUGAUUAUCUCAAUAAAUGCAGUAAAAGCCUUUGAAAAAUGCAAUAUUAUUCCUAUUGAAAACACUAGAAUGUAUGGAAUAGAAGAGCCUUUCCUCAGAAUAAUAACCAGUAUACAUUGAAAACCAUCAGCAAGUAUCAUCUGCAAUGGGGAUAAGUGAGAAGCCUUCCCAGUAAGGUUGGCCAUGAAGCAAGUUUGCCCAUAAUUACCUCUUCAUUCAAUGUUGUACUAGAAAUACCCGCAGUAGGAAUUGGAGAAGAAAGAAAUUGGAGGCAUUAAAGUAGGCAAUGAGGAGAGUAAACUAUCACUCUGUGCAGAUGAGAUGAUGGUAUGUUUAAAGAACCCCAGAAAAUCAACUAAAAGGCUAGUGGAGAGAAUGAACAACUUUAGGAAAGUUGUGAGGUACAAGAGAGCCCUCAUAAAUCGUCAGCAUUUCUGUAUGUUUCCAACAAAACUCAGCAGCAGCAGCAGAUAGAAACUCCAGUAUUACCUUUCCUAGGUAGGUACCCAGAAGAGGUUGUUUAAAAUGUGAAGGGAGGUGGCAAAGAAAUGGAAACUAAAAGGAUGUCCUUCGGUUGGGGAAUGACUGACCACAUCGUGGUCCAUGAUGGCGAUAUGAUACUAUUGUGCCAUGAGGAACGAUGAGCAGGAUGAUUGCAGCAAGACCUCCAUGGAGUGGCGCAGAGAGAAAUAAGUGAAAUGAGCAGAAUGAGAAGAGCAUUGAACACAGUAACAGCAAUAUUGUGGGACGACCAACUGUGAUGGACUUCACUGCUCUCAGCCAUGCAAUGCUCUGGGGAAAUUCUGAGGAACUCAUGAUAAAGAAUGCUGCCCACCUCCAGAGAAAGAACCGUUGGAGUCAGAAUUCAGAUAAAAGCACCCACAUUCCACUUAACUUUAUUUAGUUUUGUGUCGCUUUUCUAUAAGCUAGGGGAAGUGAUAUAUUUGAUGCAAAUGACAAUGCAAUGAAUGAAACUGCUAGAAGGCACCCAUAAAGGGGCAUUCCAGAAAUCAGUUGCCUCAGGCCCAGGCUGGCAAGACUAUAUAUAUAUAUAUAAUCAAAUAUACAUAAUUGGAUGAAAAAGAUCACCAGGUUUUAGUGGGCUACAAUCUCCAAAAAAGCUCCAGUCAGACAUGACCUUAAGCCACAUAGGUUCAGGGAUGAGGAUUGCAGGCACGCUCUCCUCAGCUCAAUUCCAAGAAUUUCUGGAAGGCUGCUCAGGUCUGAGUAUCACUCUGGGUAAUGCAUUAAUAAGUUUGAGACCGUCUGGAGGACUGAAGCUUAUAUAUUGAGUGCCUCAAUUCAUAAUAUAUGAAGUUCUAUUGAAGAAAUUUUAGAUGUCUAAAAUGGAGACAAAUAGGGAUAAGAAGUGAGAGGGGUCUUUAAGAAUUUAAGAUAACAUGUGAACGAUUAAAGACUUUCUCUGUUUUUCCUCUAAGAGCAAAUUAGGAACAGGGUAUGAAUGGCUAAGAAUUUGGGUAAAGAAAAAAAAUCGGAAUAGGCAAAGGUCUCCAAAAGCUAAAAGUGGCCCAGGGAGAAGAAAUCUCAUCCUGUCAUUCCUCUAUUUUCUCUUUUCUUCAUUCAACAACCACUUUCCUAAAACAGGCCCUUAUCUGUCACCUGGGUUACCACAAUAGUUUUCUCAUUGGCCUUCUUGCCUCCUCUCUCUCCACUCAGCUGACAAAUUGAUAGUCUGAAAUAAAUGGUCUAUGCCAACCCCUUUACUCCCCAUUCAGUCAACUCCUGUGGUUCAUAUUAAGCUCCAGGAGCACGUAUAACACCCCUCUCUGGCACUUACAUCCCCCAAAACUUGAUCUUUUCCUACCUUUCUAGUCUUCUUGCUUUUUCGUCCUCUACACUUGCACUCACUCUAUAGGACACCCCAUCUCUAUAGAGUCCUGUCCUGUAGCCUUGAAUGCUCUCUGUGUGGCUCUUCUUCCUGAUUUCCCUCCUUCCUUCCUUCAAUGCUCAGCUGAAAUCCCCGAGCGCUCUGCAUGGGAAUGUCUCCUCCCCACAAUUUCACUCCCCUCUGACUUGACCCUCCAUUCUUGUCUGAUGUAUUUCUAUUAGAGAAUCCCGUUUGUUAUUGUUUUUUGCCGUGUUCUCUUCCCUCAUUAGAAGGGGAGCUUCUUGAAGGUAGCAGCUGUGGUUUUGUUUCUCUUUCUGUUCUCUGGCCCUUUGCUCAAGGACUGACCCAUAAUAGUACACAUUUCACAAAUUCUUCUUUGAGGAAGCCCCAGAGUCUGUGAACAAAGCCUGAAUAACGACUUGUGUGUACGAUUGGAUCCUAUAUCAUUUAAUGUCCACCAAUCAUUAUUUAUUACGUGCCUAAAAUAAUCGAUUCAAUGACUGAUAUGAACAGGGAGUCAUAUUAGACCCUGGAAGUGUAAAGAGGAAGAAAUGAAAAGAUUGCUCGCCUCAAGGAGCUCAUACUCUCCUUGCAGAUGGGAUGCCACCUUGUUCAGGUAUUCUUGGGUAUGACGGCCCCUUCGCUCCUUUCCCACAGAGAUGAGGGUGUUCUUGAAGACGUUACAUACGAAAUGGGAAGAUGAAGAAGAGGACAUUUGAGCUGGAGCUCAGCUUCUGGACAGGGUGACAAUUUGUGUGAAUGGAUAGGGCAGAGGGCCAUCCAGGUUACCAUCACAUCUGGGGGAUAUUAGUGCAUGAUGGGUAAUAUUCAGCACAUUUAGUACAGAGUGAGCCCUUCAUGAAGGCUGGAGUGACCGACGUUCUGGUUCAGUGAAAUUUAAUGUGAUGAAUGGGAGCAAUCUGUGAAUGAACAAGGACAGAGUAACAGCCAUGGUGCACCACUCUGCUAACCCAAAGGGAUAGCAAAAAGAAAUGCAGUCAAAACAAACGGACUCUCAAAGCCCUCGAUCUGAUGGUGAGAGCACCUCUAUUCUCAGGAAGUGCAGGGUCUUUGGGGAUGUGUUAUAUCCACGACAAAGACGAAGUAGCCUGAGAGCUGAAUGAGCAGCUGAAGGGAUUUGGGAAGUCCUCAGAGAGGAGGUUUGAUACUUCAGUUAAAUGAGAACAAUAAAUCACGUGAGAUCAAGCUGGGAAAAAAGUACACUGGUGUGAACUUUGCAGGGCUUAGGAUGCAGUAAAGUAUCAUUAAUUUACUUAUAGAUAAUCCAUUCUAGAAGUAUAUGGGUAUUUAUCUAAGUACAAUGUUUAUCAUGUACAUGAAAAUUUCAAAUGGUAUUUGUACAAUAUGUAAUUUGCAAUUAUUCUAUUGUAAUUGUUCCAUGUUACCCACAUUUGAUCAAAUAACAAAUUGCGCAAUUGGGAAUGUUAUAACAGUACAUUGGAUACUGUUCAAUUCAGCAGAAAUUGUUUCUAUUAUCCAAAAUGUAUGUAUGUUAAUUUUCUUAAAUGCUUCAUUUUAUAUUUGCAAAAAACAGCAUGUCUUUAGUAGAAUCAGACUUAUUUAAAAGUUAAAUUUUCUGUAAAUGGCAUUUAAGCUUUUACAAAGAAAAAAGGGAUGUAAUGGUACUCCCAACCAUCAAACUCUUCUACAUCCCAGAAGGGAUAUAGGCUGAUCCUAUGCAAUAACAGUGAUAAAGAUUACAUUGUAUGGUAGCCCUGGAUUGGGUUGACUAUUACCAGGAAAUUAAGACUAUGAGGGACCCAACAGGAUGAUAACUUUGGGUCGAGGGUUUGUUUGUAUGUCUACAGAUAGUGAAAACACCUGGUUCCCCACAAAGCACAUCAUGCCAGAUGACACGAGACCAGGAAGAGAAGCAGACGAACGACACUGAGGACAUCAGUCAGCUGCACACCAGCCACACUCCAGACCCGCUGGAAGAAACCAUCGCUGGCAACUACAAACACACCAAAGACUGACAUUGCACUGCUUUUAAUGAUAUUUACUAUUAUUCCACUGAUGGACCCUUGUCAUGCUGACAUCUAUGGUUCUAUUAUAUACAAACCAAGAUCAAGCAUGUUAACUUGCAUGGACUAAACCCCACUCGUGUAUGUUAAUGACACCAGAGAGAUCCCACACUCCAGAGACGUUAGCCUGGGAUCAGAAGGGAAUGGCUACGAUUGUUCAGAUACACCCUUCAUUUGUAUGUCAAUGCUCUAUACUGUCAAAAGGAAGUAAUUUUGUAUGCUUUUAAAAUUCAAGCUUGUAUUGUAAGAAACGCUACUCUUAACGAUGGUGUAGGCAUUGGUACGGUUCUCUUAGGAGGAGGAGAUAGAAGUGUUCAUCCACAGCAUAGACCUAGUAACCCUGACAACAAAAAAAACUGUUUAAAGCAGGAGACACUGCCCAGGGAGUUAUAAUGGACAGAUGGUCUUGAUCGAACUCCUGGAAAGGAGGAAAUGUCAGGCAGAAUAGAUUUUGAAAACUGUAUCUACAUCUCUAUAUAGAUGGUGUUCUCAACAAUAGCUAUAUAGCUAUUAUAACCAACCACCGUUGGUGUGGUUACAUAGUAAUACCAUUGUUGGUCAUCACUCCUGAAAACACAUCAUCAGGGUGAUAGCUUUAUGGGAACUCUUUCAUGCUCACUCCCACCAGCCCCAGAGGUCAGGCAGGCUGCUGUAUUUGGGGUCUAUCAGCUUCCCCUUCUCAUACUGGAAGACUUUCUGGUCUGUGGGAAGUCCAGCCUAAGGGGUAAACUGAGUGCUCAAGGUUGGACAACCUCUGUGGACGCACAGUUGUUGGCCCUCCUCUGUGGAAUUGGCUGUUACACACCUACAUGGGACAGAGGCAUAGUGUACCCUGAGAUUCCCCUUUGGCAUAUAUAUUUAAAAAUGGGAAGAAAUCGGCACUAACAAGCUUGUAGAAUAAGCACAUUGAAUAUUAUACAUUUACAGCAAUGAAUUAAUGAGUUACAUCAAAUUCUAUGCAAGAAAGAAGCUGUAGAAACUGCUUCUACAUGAAAAGAGACUCAGGCUUCUGGUAACCCUAACAUUGGUUUGGUAGAGUGAAUUUUUCAAGCAUUGGCAAUGUUAUCUUCUUGGUUAUUAUAUUGAUUGGUUUAUUUCUAAGGCAGUAGAGGGUUAAAUAAGGCUUAUAUCAGAAACAUGCAGCCAGAAGUUGCCAUGCCACUCCAUUCUCUUCAGUCUUGUUAUUUAAACAAUUCAGAAUGUAAGGUUCAUGGGAAUAUUAGUACUUGUUAAGAAUUUGCACCAACUGUUGUAUUUAUGUUUUUGUCAAGCUUUUCGUGAUGACAAAUUUUGCACAUGUACAAUAUGAAUCUUGGUCAACAUACAUUAGGGAAAUAGAAAUCAUUUUUGAAUGUGAAUUCUGACAUUACAUAUUGGCUCAGCUACGACUAUGCCACAUGAAAGGUGAGCCAUUAGUUUAAAAUUUUGCAUUAAUUUAGGGUCAUUUUCCAUGAUCAUUCUUUCAUAUUAUAUUCCCCAUAGAUUUUCUUUUCAGUACUAGAAGUAGAUUGAAAGCAGCAUUAAUGCUCUGAUCCUGAACUAUGAAUUAACUAGAAAAAUGGAACUUUUUAUUUUUGGAUGUACCCAAAAGCUUGAGACUACAUGAACAUGACAGCAUUGGUUAAGCUUCCUGGGACUAUUCUGAGAGAUGAUGUCUGAUGGCAUAAAAAGAGAAGGCAACGGAUUCCUCACACUUGGCCAGACAGCCUAAGCCACAGACAGAUCCAUGUGAGAUGGCGUAAGGUUGGAGGUACAAGGUCUCCGUGUUUUGAAACUCAUUCACGGGUCGCCCUGGUACCAAACUUCCAACCCUAUGUCUAUGUGGCAGGCAUCUUGGCUUAUAUAUCCCUAAGGCUAUGCAUGAUCAGAACAAGGGAAAGUAAGGAAUUCCCUCUCAUCACCAGAUAUAGUCCUUUUCUUUAACCAUUUAAGGUCUGACAACUUCUUAUAGUCCUGGCUGUACAUGGGUAAGAUGAUGUAUCAUUCAAUGCACCUGUCCUAUGGACUAUGGGACUGAUAGCACAUUACUUCAGGAUCACUAAGGAGUGAAGAUCAUUUUCUUAUUAUUUUUUAUUAUUAUUAUUGAUUUUUGAUGAAACUUUUUACCUUGGAUUUUGCUAAAUGGAAAUGAAGAUCAUUCUUAUUUUUACAGCAUUAUUGCUAUUUUUGACCGAGUUUAUAAUUUUUUAUUCUUAAAGAUACACUCUUGUUUUAAUUUUGAAACAAAAAGGGGGAUAUGUAGCAUUCCAGGCAUGUUGGCAUUAUUGUAUUACCAGACACUUGGUCAGACCUCUUGGUGGUCAUUGUGUGAUUCAUGAGCUGGCUCUUGACUUGGCCACGCUGCCUCUGUUUGGAGCAAGGUCAUUAACAGCGCAGGGACUUUCAGCUCGGAGGACACUCAUUUGAAAAGAGCAUGUCGGGAAUCCCCACCUCCUCGGAUUUUGUCAUUGUCCAUUCAACCAAUGUUAAGACCUACGCGCUAGGUUACGUAUUCAUCGAUCACCUCUCGAUCCACAUCUCAAUAAAUGCUGGCGUGAGGGGCGCUAUUCUCUCUCUUGAUUCCUUCACCCUCGGAGUUCUCCUCAUCUCUCCUCUUACCUUUCCUGGCGACACUGUCGCCCACAUGCUUUCUAUCUCAGAAUUCUUUCUUCCACGUGUUCUCUCAUUUCUCAUGUUUUCCUUGAAUUAAUUUUCAAGGGAAAACAUCCCAGGAGCAAGCGCCGCUCCCCAUAUCAAUGAACUAGUCUGUGAGUCUUCACUGAUCGCCCAUCUUCCUCAGGCUCCUUCCUCCUCAAGUUACAACCCACAAAGGAAAGUCAUACAGCAACCGCUGGCCGGAUUGUUCUAAACAUAAUAAAAAUGAUUCACUUUA